AUGGCCGCUGAAGCUUCCAACUUUUUGAAAUACGUGGAUGAGCACGAGGAGGACUUUAUCCAGCGUUUGGCCAAGGCCGUCUCUAUCCCCUCCGUCUCCGGCAACAUCGGCUACAUCAAGGAUGUCGAAGCAAUGGCCGAGUGGCUCCUCCAGCAGCUCAUCAGCCUUGGCGUGAAGGCCGAGAAGAGGGCGAUCGGGCAGCACAAGCUCGAGGGCAAGGACGUCGACCUCCCGCCUGUCAUCAUCGGCCAGCUCGGGAACGACCCGAACAAGAAAACACUUCUGAUCUACGGGCACUACGAUGUUCAGCCCGCGCUGUACGAAGACGGCUGGCACUACCCGUGUUUCGAGCUCACGCAGGAUCCGAGCGGUUCGGGCCGGAUGUACGGGCGUGGGUCGACCGACGACAAGGGACCGAUCAUGGCUUGGUUGAACGUGCUCGAGGCUCACCAGAAGCUGGGCAAGGAGCUUCCCGUCAACCUCAAGAUGUGCUUUGAGGGUAUGGAGGAGAACGGGUCCGAGAACCUCGACAAGUUCAUCGAGUCGGAGAAGAACGGCUUCUUCGCUGGCGCCGACUGCAUGUGCAUCUCAGACAACUACUGGCUCAACACCGAGACUCCGUGCCUCACCUACGGUCUCCGCGGUAUCAACUACUACGAAAUCCGCGUCAACGGUCCUGACCGAGACCUCCACUCGGGUGUCUUUGGCGGAACGAUCCACGAGCCCAUGACUGACUUGAUCCUCCUCAUGUCCAAGCUCGUCACUCCCGCCGGCGAGAUCCUCAUCCCGGGCCUCAAGGACCUCAUUGCGCCCGUCACGGACGAGGAGCGUGAAAAGUUCGAGGCGAUCCACUUUGGCGUCAAGGACAUCCACGCGGCCGUCGGCGGUGAUCAGACAUUGACGAACGACAAGGUCACGACGUUGAUGGGACGGAUGAGGAACCCGAGCUUGAGCUUGCACGGUAUCGAGGGUGCUUUCUCUGCGACCGGCUCCAAGACCGUCAUCCCCUGCUCGGUCAAGGGCAAAUUCUCCAUCCGUCUCGUACCCAACCUCACCAUCAAGAGCGUCACCGACCUCGUCGUCAAGUACCUCGACGCCGAGUUCAAGAAGCUCGGGUCCAAGAACAGGUGCGAGGUUGUGCUCGGUCACGGAGGCGAGCCCUGGAUGGCGGACUUCACCCACUACUCGUACCGUGCUGCACACAAGGCGACCGAGGAUGUGUACGGGCAGGCGCCGGACUACACUCGGGAAGGAGGCUCCAUUCCUGUCACUCUCGACUUUGCCGACAUUCUCGGCUUGAACGUUCUCCUCCUCCCCGUCGGACGUGGUGAUGACGGCGCGCACUCAACCGACGAGAAGCUCGACAGGGACAACUACAUCCGCGGAACCAAGCUGCUCGGGUCGUACAUGUACGAGCUGGCUGCGAUCUCCAAGUAG